GUGGGGCGCCGGGGGCCAUGCGGGGCCAGGGUCGCAAGGAGAGUUUGUCCGAUUCCCGAGACCUGGACGGAUCCUAUGACCAGCUCACCGCCUGCCCAAGAACUCCAAUAGAGAAUGGGAGGAGGAAGACUGUCUCACCUGUGUCUGAAACAAGCAAGGGAGGUGGAGGGAGGACAUGAUCCUUGUCCUGAGCAGAGUGAGAUUAAGACUUGGGGAUGGGGGAGAAGACUGACUAGGGUGUAAUGCCUUUAGAAAGUGUCUCCCCACUCACUGACCCUGGUGAGGUCCUAGUCCCUAAGCCAAGACUCUCAGAAGAGGGAGCCUUUCCACUCAGGCAAGCCCCAAAUGUGCCUCAGACUUGGGUGGAAUUCAAAGGUCCAGCUGUAGGUCUGCUUUGAACUCUGUUAUCUCAGGAUCUUUGAGAAGUAGUAAGGGCCCUAGGGCCCUCAUCAGCACCACAUUAGUCAGUGUUUGCUUCCUGCUUUGAUUUUCCCCUUUUUACUGGAAUCAUCCCCUACCAAGUUGGCUAUUUGAAUCAGAGAUUACUUGGGUGAAGGAUAGAAGCACUUGUAUUGGAAGGUGCAGGAAUGAAGUGUGAGUACCAGCUAUAUAUGACUUUUGUUCCAUCUGGGCCUCACUUUCCUCAUCUGUAAAAUGGAGAAUACGACUUCUUGCCUGCCUCCCAAGGGAAAUAGAAAGGUCAAAUAUUGGCAAGCGUCAAGAAUUGUUGUUUUCCACAUUAUGAGCCUCCUCUCUGUAGAUAGCUCUACACACGAUUUGGAAAGAAGAAAUAGGACUACUAAGAGCUCUCCUUUCCAAGGAGGGCUUAUCAGAGCAGGGGACAAAAGUUGGGACGCCCCCUAUAUUAAAACUCAGAGUGCUCAGUGUUCUUGGAGACGACCUGAGCGGAAGGAAGCCUGAAGGGGAGUCGUUGUCCGCGGUGCUGAAUAGCACGCCGGGAGGAGGUGCGGCCCGGCCACGGAGAUCCCAAAGUUCCUUCUUUGUGCAGGUGGGAUUCCUGGAAUCGGAAAUGGGGGGUAGUCGAGGCUUCCAUUGUCCCAUCCCAUCAGACUCUUAGGGAGGGGGUUUAAAGUCAUACCUCAGGGCAUCCUCCAUUCUUCCGACCGCUUUCCUUACCCACUCCCACCCCAGGCUCAAAACAAAGACGGAGAAGACUUUUAAAGGGAAAAAAAGUCCGAGAGCCACCCCGCCCCGCAUCUAACCCCUCUGGUCUUCCCAGCCCAGCAGAGCCGCUGGGCAGCGCGGUGGGGUGGGAAAAGUCAGCGAUCAGCGGUGUUCCUGUCCGAGCUGGAAGCAAAGAAAAAGGACUGGAGAAGAUGAGGAGAGAGUUGGGACUUGGCUGGCCAAGGCCUGAGCUCGGAUCCCUGGGCCUGGUAUCUUGGAGUCGGGUUCCUCUGGCCAUAAAUAUUGUUCCCCGGACUGGAGCGCCCCCGUGUGGUCCUAGAAGAGCCAUGCCUGCAGAGUUGAUUCUGAAAGGGGAUGUCACUAAAUCAAGUAGCAAGAUUUGUGUGGAGUUCAGAGACAGCGUGGAGGAUGAGUUUGAACUGUCCACUGUGUGUCACCGGCCUGAGGGUCUGGAGCAGCUGCAGGAGCAAACCAAGUUCACGCGCAAAGAGUUGCAGGUCCUUUAUCGAGGCUUCAAGAACUCUGGUCUCCCCACCCCCCAGGAAUGUCCCAGUGGAAUUGUCAAUGAGGAGAACUUCAAGCAGAUUUACUCCCAGUUCUUUCCUCAAGGAGACUCCAGCACAUAUGCCACUUUUCUCUUCAAUGCCUUUGACACCAACCAUGAUGGCUCGGUCAGUUUUGAGGACUUUGUUGCUGGUUUGUCAGUAAUUCUUCGGGGAACCAUAGAUGACAGGCUGAACUGGGCCUUCAACCUGUAUGACCUCAACAAGGAUGGCUGCAUUACCAAGGAGGAAAUGCUUGAUAUCAUGAAGUCCAUCUAUGACAUGAUGGGAAAGUAUACAUAUCCUGCACUCCGGGAAGAGGCCCCCAAGGAACAUGUGGAGAGCUUCUUCCAGAAGAUGGACAGGAACAAGGAUGGUGUGGUGACCAUUGAGGAAUUCAUUGAGUCUUGUCAAAAGGACGAGAACAUCAUGAGGUCCAUGCAGCUCUUUGACAAUGUCAUCUAGAUCCCCAGGAGAGGGGGUCAGUUAUCUUGGGGGGACCAUGCUCUAGCCCUAGUCCAGGUGGACCUCACCUUUCUCUUCCCAGGUCUGUCCUCAUCCUAGCCCUGCCCUUGGGCCUGUAGGAAUCCAAGAGCCUGGGGAUUCAGUGGUCCAGAUCACUGGAACUAAAGGGGUCAGGGAGUGGGCACAGUAUAUCUUUGGGGUGAUCCCAACUCCCAAACAGCUCCCACCCCCUUCUUGCCUGACUCAGUGCUGAGGGUUCCCUGCUAUAGGAAUUGAGUGGUUCUCCACUUCCUACCCCCAUUCUAGAAACCACAACACUAGAUAAAAUUUCUCCUGCUAUGGUGCUUCCCCCAUCCCUGACCUCAUAAACAAUUUUCCCUAAGACUCCCUCUCAGAGAGACUGCUCUGUCCUUGGCACUGACUGGCCUUUCAGACCAGGGCCUUUGAGAGCUCUGUAGGAGGGGGACAAGAAUGUAAAAGGAGCAAUCCUGGGCUUGAGCCUGUGGUUAGAUCCUAGGAGGUAGCUGGAGUAGAGAGCAGAAAGGCCUAGAGAUUGUUAGUGAGAUCUGGGGCAUGCCAGGCUAUCUCUCUGAGUUCCACAGGUCUGCCACCAAGCCAUCAGAAUAUGAGUUUCCAGGCUCUUCAGAAGACUUUGUCUCCUUGGAAACACCCCAGAAAUUUUCCAUACCCUCCUCAGUAUCCCAGGAGAGCCUGGAAUCCUGAUGUCUGGCUUAUCUCUGGAAUUUUUUCUUCUCCUUCCUUCCUUUUUGUAUGGUGGUGGUGGCAGCAGGGGAAUAUAGGUGGGAGAUGUCCUGGCUGAUUCCUGCCAAAGUUUCAGCCUAUCCUCUCUGGUGGCUACAACUUAAGUUUUCAUUUGCCAUGUCCUCUAGACUUGGAGGCAUGGAGUGAGUCAGGGACCAUCCAGUGGAUGCCUUAUAAGAAAAGGGAAGAACGGAGGCAGGCAUAGCAUCUGAACCUAGUGUGGGGGCAUUCAUUAUAAUCUUUGAUCUACCCAGGCUCUAUUUCAACCCCCCACAUAGCCUCCUUAUUUCCCACCUAUGGUCUCCCCUUGCUUUAUUCAAUUUACCCAGAGAUGCCCUUGAACACACCUAGAAGGUAGAGACCAUAGGACCCAGGUCCCACUUCAUCAUCAGCAUCCCUGCCAUGCUGCUACCCCUUAAUAUACCUGCUUGUCCCAUUUAGCUCACCUUCCCAGUCAGCCAGGAUCUGAGGGGAAGGGCCCUGCCCCAAGGAAGCUCCCUUUCCUAUCAGAAUACUGUUGACUGCUUUGCAUUUUUGUUCCUCUGUAUAUUUUGUAAAAUAACAAAUACACUAGAUCCAAUAAAACACAAUGGCUAUGCACAGGC